AUGAAAUUCAUCUCAAAACAUCGUGUCAGUGAUGAUUAUUUCGAUUGUUUUUACGAAGAAGAUGAAUUUAUCAUGCAAAACGCUACUGUUAUGAGUAAUCUCAAUUUGACAUAUCAUUUUAAAUGUGCAGGAACCAAUGAAUGGUUUUCACGCCCACUGAUUGGCAGCGGUCAGUGUUUGGAUUACUCCGAUACAUUGCACGUCGGAAGUUGCAAAAUAGCGUCUGAUAUUGGUUGUCAGUUUCUUCGAAAUCUUUAUCCGCCGCAUGUCGAUUAUGUAUUUCAAGAAAACUGUAACGGCAUUGCGAGGUCCACUUUUCGUGGUACCAACGAAACGGACGAAGCAAAUUGUGAAGAAUGGCCAUGGCCAACAUAUGGGCAAUGUGAUGGCUACUGGGAUGCCAGCAAUGGAGAGGACGAACUGAAUUGUCCGAACACAAUUCUCUCAUAUAUCACACACACAGUUUUCAAAUGUAGCGUGAACGAACAUUAUUGUGCUCAUUCGAAUAGAACUAUGGGUUGUCUAUCAAAAGAACGCGCAGGAGACGGGAUUGUCGAUUGUUUAGGAGAAACAGAUGAAAGAACAACGUCAUGUGCUUUUUUAUAUCCUCUGCACCCAUUUCGAUGUUCUAAUGGCGAUUGCAUAAGCUUAGCUGUCAUUUGUGAUAGAGAAAAUGAUUGUUCCAAACGCGAUGACGAAUUAAUAUGUUCUUGGAUUCCAAUUAAUUCAUGCAAACGUGGUAACUUCAACUGCAACGAAUUUUGCAUUCCAAGGACGAGUCAGUGUGAUGGAAUCAUUGACUGUCCACCAAGUGGUCAAGACGAAUGGUUCUGCGAUCUUAGGUACCGAAGGAUACCGCAAUUCUCUCUUGAUAAAAUUGAAAAAUAUCCUCCUGUCAUCGUUUCACCAGAUGUAAUGAUUACCACUGUUUUUCAUUCGCCUAAGUCAUUACCAGUUCAGAUCCUACUCAAAAGUGAAAGUAUCGAUUUCCUGGAAGACUGGCUUUGCAAUCGUGGCAUUCGCGUCACAAAAAGAUCUUUGAUCAUUGAAUGUCUGUGCCCUCCGAGCUACUACGGUCCAAGAUGUCAAUAUCAGGCAGAGCGUUUGUUAAUCACUAUUCGAGUCGAUACACCAGCCACUCUAAGUGGACAUUAG